AUGAAAUCUGCAAGAUAUAAUUCAAGCUCUACUUAUACCAGGAGAAGUUCCAAAAGCAGUACAAAUAGCGAUAUCACAAAUCAAAGUAAUAUAAGCAGAAGUAGUGGUUAUAGUUCAACCAGUAGAAAGAGUAAUAGGACUAGAAGAACUAAUGAUAGUAACAAAAAUGGCACUAAUAGUGCAGGUAAUAAUUCAAGUUUAAAUUCUAGCUUGAGUAAUGAUUCAGAUAGUGUAUCUAGUGUUGAAACAAGUAUUAGCAAAGGAACACAAGUUAGUUCGUCCAGUAAAUCUAGUAAAUUGACUAAACUGAGUAAUAAUAGCAAACUAUCCAAUAAAGUGAUAAUAUGUCGAGGUGACAAAGAGAUUAAGUCUGGUUGUGAAUCAACUUGCCCCACCCAAAGAAAUAAGGUUUCUAUUAAUAAGGAAGUACAGAAUUUACAGCUAUCUAAGAAAAAAGGAACUCUAAAGAUGAAAUCAGCUAAAGAUGAGCAAGUUAAACAGAUUCCUAGUAGAAAUUGCUUAUUUGAUGGACAUAUGUUGAUCCAUGGAAAUAUAUUUUUUGUGAAUUGUCAUAAUUACCCUACAGGACAAAUCAAUAUAGUAAAUCAGUGGGGGUCGGUAAUUGUAGAACCUCAGAUCAGAUGUUGUUGCAGUUUACCAAACUUAUGCCUUUUUAACUGCAUUUAUGAUGAUAAUCCUAUGAGUUUAACUAUUUUAAAUUAUUGA